UAACCUUGACAGAAAAUGACCUAAAAUGACUGCUUUAUAAAUUUUAAAAUCUCGCCCGAUUUGGGCCUGAUAUUAUUCCUUUUUGUCAGUUAACUUCCACCUCACGUCUUGUAAUCUAACAGCGAAAGAAAGUGGAUAAUUUACACAAUGACUAUCGAACCCGUUAAAGUCAUUUAUUGUGGCAUUUGCACUAUGCCAUUAGAGUAUUGUGAAUUCAGCGGAACUCAAGAAAAAUGUAAAUUAUGGUUAAAGAAUCACGAUGAAGAUUUAUACGAAAAGUUUUAUGGUGUCGAUGGUGUGACUAAAGGGGUUGCAAAUGCAUCUAUUGAAGAUGACAGCGGUAAAGAUAGAACAGUAGUCAAAGACAAAUCAGCAAAAUUGGAAGCAAAACUAGAACGUGAAAAUAAAAAGAAGAUGGCAUCUCGAAUCAUUAUUAAACGUAUCGAAAGAACUAAGAGAAAGAGUGUCACAACCAUUUUUGGUCUGGAAAUCUUUGGUGUAGAUUUGAAGAAAGCAGCUAAAAUGUUUGCUAAUAGAUUUGCAUGCGGCUCUUCAGUAGCGAAAAAUAAUCAAGGACAAGAUGAAAUUGUCGUUCAGGGUGAUUUUAGUGAAGAAAUACACGAGAUUAUUCUAAAGAACUGGCCCACGGUACCUCAAGAAAAUAUUGACAGAGUGGAAGAAAAAAAGAAGAAAAAAGGAGAGCAGGCUUAAACUAACCGAUAAUAUUUGUUCUGGAAUUGACAAAAUGAGUGUCCUCUAUAUUUUGCAAUAAUUGUUGUGCAACCCUCUUUUUUCUCUUCAACUUUCACUAUCGCAACAACAAUAAAACCUACUUUUUCUUCUU